CAGUUAUUUUAAUAUUCAACGGAUGGGUGGGUUGAUCUCCGAGUCCGACUCUCGAAUCUUCAUCGGUCGUACAAAACCUGAAAACUGAAGUCUUCCUCUGCGUCACUGACCUGCUGCGUUAAAGCCCUAGUUCGAGAGAUUCGUCGAUACUGCGAGUAACUAAGUGCCCCAUGUUCUCUUCGUUUCCUUUAGAUCGAAGUUUGAGAGUAACAUCCGUGAGAGAGCAUACGAGUUGGAUUUUUAAUUUUUGAGCAAUGGAGGAUGUUCAGGAUGAACAAAGUCAUUCAAUUGGCGAGGGUGGUGAUAAUGAAAUCACUACUGAAUCUACUGCAUUUGUGCAUGGAGAACCUCCACAAGAUACAAAAGGUCCCCCAAAUGUUGAUUCAGAAGUGGAAGUUCUUCAUGAGAAAGUUACAAAACAAAUCAACAAGGAAGGUCAUGGACAAAAACCAACCAAGUAUUCAACGUGCUUCUUGCACUACAGGGCAUGGACUAAAAGCACCCAACACAAGUUUGAAGACACAUGGUUAGAACAACGACCAGUUGAAUUGGUUUUGGGAAAAGAGAAAAUUGAGAUGACAGGAUUGGGGAUUGGUGUCUCAAGUAUGAAAGCUGGUGAGCGUGCCCUGAUCCAUGUUGGCUGGGAAUUAGGCUAUGGCAAAGAUGGAAGCUUUUCUUUUCCAAAUGUUCCACCUAUGGCAGAUCUUUUAUAUGAAGUUGAGCUUAUAGGUUUUGAUGAAGUCAAAGAAGGGAAAGCUCGCAGUGACAUGACAGUAGAGGAGAGGAUUGGAGCAGCGGACCAGAGAAAGAUGGAAGGGAAUGCGUAUUUUAAGGAUGACAAACUGGAGGAGGCUAUGCAACAGUAUGAAAUGGCCAUAGCAUACAUGGGAGAUGACUUCAUGUUCCAGUUAUUUGGAAAGUACCGAGACAUGGCAUUGGCUGUGAAGAAUCCAUGCCACCUUAACAUGGCAGCAUGCUUAAUAAAGUUAAAACGCUACGAAGAGGCAAUUGGGCAAUGUAGCAUUGUGUUGGCAGAGGAUGAAAAUAAUGUUAAAGCACUUUUCAGACGAGGAAAAGCUAGAGCAGAACUUGGGCAGACAGACUCUGCCCGGGAUGAUUUUCUCAAAGCCCAAAAAUUUGCACCUGAAGAUAAGGCAAUUACAAGGGAGCUCCGUUUACUUGCUGAACAUGAGAAGGCUGUUUAUCAGAAACAGAAAGAGUUAUACAAGGGAAUUUUCGGACCACGACCUGAACCCAAGCCCAAGACAAACAAUUGGAUAAUCCUCAUUUGGCAAUGGUUGUUGGCACUAAUAUACCGUCUAUUCAAGUUCAAAAGGGACAAAGCUGACUGAUCAGAAUUUUGGAUAACCAAACCUAGCUAGUUACUCCAAAACUUUCUUUUGUGGUUAACCAUAAAGAUAAUAUUCUUGUUAUGCAUCGACUAACUCUAAACGAGUAAUUCUAUAUGACUGUAUCAAACAUACAAGUUUCUUUCUGUUCUGUCCAGAAAUCAUUCUCUUUUUCUUUA